AUGAGGUUGCUUUUGCUUGGCGUUACCGGCAACGUCGGUAGCCGGGCUUUACCAGCCCUGGUCAAACAUGGCCACACUGUCGUCGCAUACGUCCGCUCGCCUCAGAAGCUCACGCCCGCAGUGAGGACUUCGUUGGCCGACGUGGUUGUCGGCUCGGCCACGGACACGCAGGCAAUAAAGAAUGCCCUCCUCGACCACCGCUGCGAAGCUGUCUUUCACGCCGCCGGCGUGGCUCAGCAGUGGGGCCACUCCAAAACUCUUGAGUACAACACCAUCUUCGCGGCCGUGGCCGCCGCCAUUGUGGAAGCCCGACGUGAGCGCGGCGGCCCGGCAAUUCGUGCCUGGCUGAUGUCCGGCUUCCCUAUGUUGGACAGCAUCAAUCCACCACAUCUCAUCGGAGACUAUCUCCCCCUAUUUCCCGAGCAUCGUAAAAAUCUAACCCUCCUCCGGGCACAAGAAGAGGAAAACAUUGCCUGGUCACUAUUUUGCGCCGCCCAACUGACACCCAAGCACAAGGAAGCUCUGAUUCUCGCACCGAACGACUGCUCGGCCGAUAACGUGAUUGCCAAAGCGGAAUCCCCCCCAGACUGGCGGGACACGCUCAAGUGGGUGCCGCUGAUGGGGAACUAUUUGAACAUCAUGACUCAGGCGGCUAGUUACGGGACUUCUAUAGAGGAUCCACUAGACUUCAUUGCUGCCGACUUGGAGAAGGGACUACAGAGCGAAUUUGUCAACAGACGAGUCGCUUUUAAGCAGAAGAACAAGGAAUAG